CAUAAAGACAAUUGUGUCAAUAAAGUUUAUUCAAACAAACAACCGGACGUCACACCACAAUGGCGGCCAGCACAACAGUGACAGUUCUGACUCCCAAUGGAAGAAGACAAACCGUAAAAAUAUCACCAAACACACCUUUGCUACAGGUCCUCGAAGACGUCUGCAAGAAACAUGGAAUUAAUCCUGACGACCACGGUUUAAAAUUUCAGAGGAACGUUCUGGACCUGUCGCUUCAGUGGAGGUUUGCCAGCGUGCCAAACAAUGCCAAGCUGGAGGUGGUGACCAGCACCCGGAAACAGACAGGGACCGACAGCCCGGUGCGUAUUGCCCUGCAGAUGGAAGAUGGUACCAGACUCCAGGGUACUUUCUCCAGUGGACAGACACUAUGGGAGCUGCUCACACACUUUCCCCAGACCAGAGCAUCUGAGUUGUCUGAAUCAGGUUCCACUCCUGUCUGUGUUUACAUGAGAGAUGAGGUGAGUGGUGAGGCAGCUCUAAAGAAGGCCAGUCUGAAGUCUCUGGGACUCACAGGAGGAAGUGCCAUAGUCAGGUUUUUACUGAAGAAGACCAAAUCGCCAGGCAACGGAGACGAUGACGGCAUGGAGGCGGCUUCCACGGCGACAGAUCCCGUCGCCAAGGAAACCAAGCCCCGCCCUUUACCCCCCGUCGGACUGCCUCCCUCACAACCAGAGGGUGCAGCGCUGCCUUCAAUCAAAAAGGAGAGCCCUGACAGGCCGGUUGAGACUGCGGAUGCCCCAGUCCCCGUCCCCUCGGCCGCUGGCAGCACACUUCCUGGCAAACAGGAAGCGGAAGUGGUUACAAACUCCCAAAUUGCGGUGCGGCCUAAAAGCAGUCCCUUCGGGGGAGUGAAGAGGGAGGAAGACGAGGAUGGAGAGAGGGCAGGACCAUCUGGUCAGUGCGCUGUCCGUCCUUCCUCCUCCUCCUCUUCUUCCUCUCCUCCCUCCGCUCCCUUCAUCCCUUUCUCUGGAGGGGGUCAGAGGCUGGGGGGGCCGGGGGUGAGCGGUGUAGGAGCAUCAUCAUCAUCAUCAUCAUCAUCAUCAUCAUUGGUUGGCGGGCCGCCUAAAGCCAAGAAAUGUAAACCCAACAACACCAAGCGCCAAGCCAGUGCCAAACAGGAUGACUGGGCCGUGGUAGAGGAGGUUCUGCAGCCGGUGGACAGGGAGCCCCUGGUCUACCACAUGGACUCUGGGGCGCAUCGCUACGGCAACGAACAGGACUUGCCAGACGAGUUCUUUGAGGUGACUGUGGACGACAUCCGCAAACGCUUCGCUCAGCUGAAGAGUGAGAGGAGGGUACUAGAGGAGGCUCCUCUGAUGACUAAAGCUCUGAGAGAAUCUCAGAUGAGGGAUAAGAUGGACAGAUACCCCCGAGUAGUUCUGAGGGUCCAGUUCCCUGACAGAUGUGUUCUACAGGGAUUCUUCAGACCUCUAGAGACAGUUGCUGCUCUGAGGCACUUUGUGAAGAGCCACCUGCAGGACCCCCAACUACCCUUCUACCUGUUCAUCGCUCCCCCUAAAACCAUUCUGGAGGACCCAACAGCCACCCUCUUCCAGGUAAGCACCCCCCCCCUACAGGGGGGGUGCUUACCUGGAAGAGGGUGGCUGUUGGGUCCUUACCUGUAG